AUGGGUAUCCCAUUCCCCGAUAUAGAUCCCUAUGAUGUGUUGGGUGUUGAAAAAGAUGCCUCGCCAAUACUAAUAAAAAAGACAUACAAAAAACUAUGUUUGAAACACCACCCUGACAAAAUCAAACAACUAAAUCAAGAUGAUCAAUCGAAAGCAGCUUCAGAGGAGGAGUUGUUCACUAAGAUACAGUUUUCAUAUAGCAUUUUGAGUGACCCGGUUAAGCGUAACCGAUACGACACGUUGGGCUCUUUGUCAGACUUGGGUGAUGAUUAUGAAGACGAUGGAUUUGAUUGGAAGGAAUAUUUCCUGUCCAUGAACGAGAGGAUUACAGUCGAGAUGAUUGAGGAAGAUAGAAUCAAGUACCAAAACUCAGAGGAAGAGAGGGAAGAUAUUGUCUCGAGUUUCAUUUACUACGAAGGUGAUUUUUUGAAGUUGUUUGAAGUUAUCCCCCAUUUGAACUUUACCGAAUCAGAGGAGGAGCGAGUGUACAAGAUUAUUGAACAAGAGCUUCCUCAUAUGAAAGUGGACAAAUCUGUAACCAAGUCGUGGGAGAAGUACACAAAGAGCAGGAAAACAAAAGUGAAGAAUAUGUUAAAGAAAUUGGCAAAAGAAGCUAGAGAAGCAGAGGAGUUGGAGAAGCAGUUGAAAACAAAGAAUGAAAAGUCACAAGAUUUGGCCAGUUUGAUAAAGAGCCGUCAGAAUAAUAGACUAGAUGGUUUGAUUUCAAAUUUGGAAGCCAAGUAUGGGAAAAAGAAGGGGAAAAAAAGAAGCUCAAAAGACAUUGAUGAUGAUGAAUUUGAGCGAAUUCAAGCGGAAAUGUUGAAAAAGAGUAAGUAG